CCAUCUUGUGCCAAAGUACAGAGGACCAUAAAAGGACUUUACAAUAAACACAGGCUUUGCUGUUGUAGGGCCAUAGAUAUGUGCCUCCCUCCUUAUCUUCUCCCCUCACUUGCGCACUUUGCCACCAGUCAGGUUCGUGCGGUCAUGUUGCAGUUGCUGUGCGGCUGAGAGUGAGAGACAGCGACAGUACAUCAGCUCAUCAAAGCCUCUGUCAAGCAAGAACGUAAGGAAGUCGGCUGUCUCGUUCACUUAAUGUGAAAAACCUCAAGGUGAAGCAUCAGCCCAGAGAGUGACUGUUGAAAUGGAGGAAUGGGAGGUUCCCACGUCUUUAGAGCCUGCAGAAGCCAAAGGGAACGCCUCAUCACCAAUAGUUAACAAGUCUUGUGCGAAUCUGGAAUGCUACAUGGUCCUGAUGGAAGCAGAGAAGACAGCCAUCGGCUCCAUCUGUUUCCUGGCCGGUCCUGUCACGCUGCUGGAAAAUGCUCUUGUGCUGGGAGUGAUUGCUGCCACAGCCACAUUACGACAGCGGCCCUCCUAUCUGUUCAUUGGCAGCCUUGCUCUGGCUGAUGUCUUCGCCAGCUGCUUCUUCACCACCAGCUUCCUGGAUUUUCACCUCUUUCGCUGCAGCGACCGUCCCACUGCCUACCUCUUCAAGUUGGGUGGUGUCACCAUGGCCUUCACCAGCUCAGUGGGGAGUUUGCUGCUGACUGCUCUGGACCGCUACCUCUGCAUCCACCAGGCCUCCAGCUAUAAGCUGCUGCUGACCCGCCGCAGAGCCCUGCUGAGCCUUCUGAUUCUCUGGAGCGCCAACAUCUUCAUCUCCUUCUUACCUCUGAUGGGCUGGAGGUGUCCCACAGGCCUCUCUCCACCCUGCUCUAGCUUGUUUCCCUAUAUCAACCGUGGUUAUCUGGCCUGCUGGACCAGCUUCAUCCUGGUGCUUCUCGCCCUCAUUUUAGUAGCUUAUGCGCUCAUCCUCUGGAAGGCCCAUCGCCAUGAAUCCUCCAUGACUAACCUCCAGGGAGCGGCGGGGACAGGUCACGCCCGCAUGAGGAUGGAUAUCCGGCUGGCUCGCACAUUUGGACUCAUUCUGCUCAUACUGGUGAGCUGCUGGCUUCCUGCCCUCUCCUUCAUGAUAGCUGAUGUCUCUGUGCCCCUGACCCGUACUCAACAGAGGGCCUUUGCCUUCUGCAGCACCCUCUGCCUGGUCAACUCCGCAGUAAACCCGCUGCUUUACGCCCUGCGCUGUCGAGAGCUGAGAGUCGCUCUGCUGCAGCUGCUAGAAAAGCUGUACGAGACUGGGAGGUGUAAAAAAUUGACAGUGGACCCAAUCCCUGGGAUGCAUUCUGUAGAAACCAACAACUGUACUGUGUUCACUGAGGAUGAGAUGCCGAGGGCCAGAACCAUCCGACUUGACUCCAUCUCGGAAAUGGUAAACAAUCAACAACUGAACACCAGCAAAUAAAGGCGGUGGAGAGGUGAAGUAAAGCAUAAGCAAUACAGAUAUUGUGUCUUUGUAAGUGUGCCGGUGGUGAAAAGAGUAAUAUAAUGUAAAUACAGUUAUCACUAAGAUUAUCACAGUCACUGUAGAUUAAGAAUAAAUGUACAUAUCUAGGAUUUAUUACCAUCAAAUAAGCAGUGCUGCAAGCUGAUAAGCUGCUUUUUUUGAAUAAGUCUAAUGUGGCAAAGACUAUUAAACAGAACAUUUUGAAUAUUAUUCAUAAAAGUCUGAACAUAUUGAGUUUUACUUGCAUUGACUAUAAAAGUGCAAGUAGUGCGUGUAAGGAAAAAACAUUAAGCCUGGGAAUUACUUUAUUCAUACGAUAGGGGCAUUAUUUAGAAUAGUUAAAUGUUUAUUGUAGUUACCAAUUCAUUCCAUUAGUAUGGUAGGUAUCAUUUCAAAAUAUAACUCAAAGUAGGUCAAGAGGACUUACACUUAUCAUUUAGGACAGGAAAUGUUUCGUGUAUGUGCUGCCAUUUUUUAAAAAUUUUUUUUAAAGUGAGAUGGUGCUGUCGUUUCACCCAUAACCUCUGACCUCUCUGCCUCACUCCCACACCUAUGAAAUUUUGUGUUCUGUGAACUGAACUGCUGACUUUUUAGGUUCGCUAAACAGUAGAAAGGCGGAUUUGUUGUUGGCAUGCUUCUUUACUUUUGAGCGUAUGACCUCGGGCAUGCGGGAACAGAGGAUCCAGAGGGUUGCGUAGCUUAGCCGCACAUGGAUGCCAGGACCCCACAAAAGCCCCAUGCACAGGAGAAUUUCACACAAUGUUCACCACAUGAAUCCAAGCAGUGUGCUGAGGUGAAUGGAGCACAGACACUAGAACAGUCUUUGCAAUUGUAACAACUGGCAGUUGCAGUAGAGCGCAUACUGGCAAUGCACUUGUGAAAAUGGAUAAUCACAAAAGUGACACUUGUGGAUCUUGUGUUGUUUUCUACUAUUGUGAACACCUGUUUCAACCAUUAUAUGGACUGAUUAAAAAUAAUACUUGACCUCUG